GCUGCAUGUGCACAACAAGGUCUCUCAAUUCCUAGAAUUUUCAGUGCCGAUUGUGAAGUUCCGCACAGUUGGAAACAGUAAUCCACAGCAAAAAGAAAUCGUAGUUCCUUCAUUCUCUCUCCUAUUCUUUCUCUGCAACAAGGAAGCAAACGAGUGAUGACACGAGGAAGCAACGAUCGACGGCGAUCCGAGCUUUAGGCUUUCAUCGGUUCAAAGCAUCCAUCAAUUCCACUCUGGGUUUGAAGUGGCCCUUAAAGCGGCAAUAAAAGUAUGUAGGUAUCAGUAUAUAUUAUCUGUAUCUAUUCACCCCGCGAUCUCUUCAUCGAAAGCUCCGGCGACCUCGAUCUUCGCCGGCACGGCGUCCACGAGCGCCUACUCCGUGGGUCGCGGCACCAAAACGGGCUCUGUAUGUAGAUCUCUCUAUAUUGAUGCAUAUGUGCUGUGUAAUUGAUAUACUCCAUGUGUCUAAUGUCUGAGGAGUGUAAAAGUCGCAGUAACAGAGCCCUUGGAACAGAUUUUCAGUGACCAAGAAGAGUCUGCUUAGCUUACUAGUCUUUUUCUUGGGGUUUGUUCAAUGUCUACUAUGAAAUCCCAAGAAGCCUCUGCCUCGGCUUCUCCAUGCAGUUACCAUGUGUUUUUGAGCUUCAGGGGCGAGGACACUCGCAAGACUUUCACCGAUCACCUCUACACAGCUUUGGACCAAGCCGGAUUUCACACCUUCAGGGAUGAUGAUGGCAUAGAAAAAGGAGAAGACAUCAAGUCUGAACUUGACAAAGCGAUUCGAGAGUCGAGGAUUUCGAUAAUUGUCUUCUCGAAGAACUAUGCCUCGUCAACUUGGUGCCUCGAAGAGCUUGUGAUGAUCCUCAAGCGCAGGGCUUCUGGGCACGUAGUUCUACCUAUCUUCUAUGAUGUGGAUCCAUCAGAAGUGAGGAAGCAAAUCGGGAUCUUCGAACAAGCAUUUACAAGGCAUGAAGAGAAGCUCAAAUUAGAAAUAGGUGAACUGGCAAAAGAGAAAUUGAAGGAUAAGAUAGGAACAUGGAGGGCUGCGCUUAGAGAAGCUGCAGAUGUGGCCGGGAUGAAUUUACAAAAUCAAGAAGAUGGACACGAGGCAAGGUUUAUCAAGAAAAUUAUAAAAGUGGUUGGAGGCAAGGUAAGUCGCAGGACCUUGAACAUUGCCCCCCACUUGGUUGGAAUACAUUCACGUGUCAAAAACAUUCAGCUUUGGUUAGAAGAUGGGCCAGGUAAUGUAGGCAUAGUUGCGAUUUGUGGAAUGGGUGGAAUAGGCAAGACAACCAUUGCAACAUUUCUGUAUAAUUUGAACUUCUCAAGAUUUGAAGGUAGCAGUUUUAUUGCAGAUGUAAGGAAAAUUUCACAACAACAAGAUGGUUUACUAAGUUUACAAAGACAGCUUCUUUCGGACAUUUUGAAGACAAGGAAAGUAAAACUAAAUAAUAUUGCUGAAGGAACUGCUAUGAUUAAAGAUGCCAUAUGUUGCAAAAAAGUUUUUGUAGUUCUUGAUGAUGUGGAUGAACUUGACCAAUUAGAGGCACUACUUGGAAUGCAAGGUUUGCUUUUUCCAGGAAGUAAAAUAAUCAUAACCACCCGGCGUGAGCGGUUACUAGGGCCGUAUGAAUUCUAUAAGGUGCACAGACUUGAGUAUCUAAGUGACGAUGAAUCCUUGGAGCUCUUUAGCUGGCAUGCCUUUGGAAAAUGUUGUCCUGACAAUGGGUAUGGAGAGGUCUCAAAAAAGGUGGUAAGCUAUUGUGGAGGGAUACCAUUAGCAAUUAAAGUUUUAGGUUCUUCUUUAUCAGGGGAUUGCUUAAACAUGUGGAAAAGUAAAUUGGAAAAAUUGAAAGCCAUUCCCUACCGUCAAAUCCUUGAUAAACUUCGAAUAAGCUAUGACUCUUUACAAGAUGACCAUGACAAACAUCUAUUCCUCAAUCUUGCUUGUUUUUUUGUUGGAAGAGACAAGGAUUCUACGGUUACAAUUUUAGACGGAUGUGAAUUCUACACAAUGGUUGGGAUUCAAAAUCUCGUGGACAGAUGUCUAAUAUCGAUUGAUGGAAGUAAUACGCUAGUAAUGCAUCAUUUGCUUCAAGACAUGGGAAGAGAAAUUGUUCGCCAAGAGUCACCAAAGGAGCCAGGCAAACGUAGCAUCCUUUGGAAUCAUAAGGACGCAUUUGAUGUUUUGAGAGAAAACACUGGCACAAGCGAAAUAGAAGGCCUCAAACUCGAUAUGUGUCUGUUGAAGGAAGAUAUAUAUGCUAGUACGGUUUUUGGUGGCAAUAGAAAACGUCGAUAUGAAGAGUUUCUUGAGAAGCCCUUAUUCUCAAAUUUGGGUGGUUUUUUUAAAAGAUAUGGUUUCAGUAUCUUCUCCCCUUACCUCGAACCCACAGAUCUAGAAAAUUCAAAUCCAGUAGCUUUGGAAGCUGAUGCAUUUGCAAAGAUGAGCAAACUAAAACUUCUGCAGCUGAAUCAUAUACAUAUUAGUGGGUCCUAUAACAGGUUUUCCAAAAGAUUAAGAUGGUUGUGUUGGCGUGGAUUCUCACUUAAGUCCAUACCUAGUGAUUUCCCUUUGGAGAGCUUGGUUGCUCUUGACAUGCAAUAUAGCCGCUUAAAAAAUGUAUGGGACGGAACAAAGUUUCUACGGUUGUUAAAAAUCCUUGAUCUAAGUCAUUCAUAUAACCUUGCCAAAACUCCCGAUGUUUCAGAAGUCCCCAAUCUUGAGAGACUGGUGCUUAAAAGUUGUACAAGUUUGGUUGAGGUUCAUGAAUCCAUUGGACACCUUGGGAGACUUAUUUUGUUAAAUUUGGAAGAUUGCAAAAAUUUGAAGAAUCUUCCAAGAAGCAUUUGUAUGCUAAAACAUUUGGAAACGCUCGUCGUGUCUGGUUGCUCAAAUCUCGACGGAUUGCCGGCAAACAUGAGAAAUAUGGAGUCUCUAACUGUGCUUAUGGCAGAUGGAAUUGCUUUAAAUCAAUCUGUCCCUACCAAUGGGCAGGUGAACGCAGUGCAAUAUUUCAUCUUGCCUUGGCGGUUGAAGACAAGAGAAAGUCCGGAAAUUUCGCGGCUUUCUUUACCACGUUCCUUGGUAAAAUUAAGUCUUGUGAAAUGUAAUCUUUCAGAUGAUGAUUUCCCCAGAGACUUUAGUAACUUAUGCUCACUGAAGGAACUAUAUCUGGGGUUCAAUCAAUUUCGCGAACUCCCAGAUUUCAUCAGAGGUCUUCCGAAGCUUGAGUCCUUAGUGAUAGAUUGUUGCCCAAGGCUCCGCAAACUUGAGGGGGUCCCGCAACUAUGUCAUUUUUAUUUUUUAGGUAAUAGAUUGCUGGAGGAAGUAACGUAUCAAAUCUCGCACCGUCCAACAACCACUUGUCAUUUAGACGCAUGCCACCAUCCAGAGCCUACGAGCGCAUUCAAAUUAGAAUCCAUUGAAAAUGUUGAAGUUGAGAUUGUUAACAAUUUGGGCUUGUCGAACCUGCAAUCCAUGGGAAACCUAACUGUAAAGCUAACAUCAUGGUUUGGCAUGCAACAAAGGGGGUUUCCCCUCCAGGUAUGUUUUGAAACACAUAUAAUCUGUGCUUAUGUUCCUGCUAGCAAGGUUCCACCCUGGUUCGAUUAUGGUCCUGGUAGUAAGGUUCCACCCUGGUUCAAUUUUAAGAAUCAAGGAUCCUCAAUUAAUUUUAUUGUGCCUUCAUAUCUUAAUUCAAGGAUCCGUGGCUUGAACCUAUGUUCAGUUUGUGGGCACUCUGGUGAUCCAAUAGACUUUGAAGCACAUACUGUCAUACAUAAUAGGACGAAGGGCUUGGUUUGGAGCCAUUGCCCAUAUGUCUUUGGAACUGCAGAAGGUGAAGAUACGAUGUGGUUAAGCUAUUGGAAGUUUGGAAAUCAUUUGGAAGGCGGCGAUGAAAUCAAUAUUACAGUGUUCAGUGGUGAAUAUGUGCAGGUUGAAUUUGUGCAGGUUGGAGUCCGCCUUCUAUACGAGGAGCAACACAAAGAGAUGAGCUCCCAAUCAACGUACGGAGAUAAAAUACCCCAUCUACAAUUUGGAAAUAUCGUUCCAGGAAAUGUUUCUGCACAUCAACCGAGCACAUUAUUGUACCAACUCGGCUAUCAUCUUCCUAGAUGCUUGAAUUGUGAGCGUCUGUACCCUCCACCUUGGAUCCAUACCACGCCUGAUGAUUACGAUUGGACUGUGGAAUGUCAGGCUUCAAGACUUUUGAUGCCAAAGCCAUUUUAUGUUUCUCAAGACCGUGGGUGUUGAUUUGUUAAAGCUGCUACACUUCGGAUCAACGAUAUUUACCAGUUAAUCUAGAUAAGUAUCUUUUGCUUCUCAUUUUCUCGUGUAAUAUAUAUGAUACUGAAGUAAAACUCGACCUUUGGUGUCCGUUCAAGGGGCUCCCAGCCGCCAGCACCUUCAAUCUUCUGCGACUCAGCGAGUUUCUACAGCAACUCUGGCCUCAAAUCUACCCACCACGGCAAGAAAUGGUUACCACUGCGUUUGAAACCCAGGGGGAGAGAGAGAGAGAGAUUUUGGGCUGAUUCUGAUGGUAGAGAGGAAAGGAGAGAGAUUGAUGGACAUUUUCCCAUUUCCAUUAACACGGACGCAUUUGGCCAUCAAAAAUAGAAAAAUGAAAAACAGACGCAACAAUCUGGAUUGAGGGGUAGAAAAGGUGGAGAAAAGGAUACAAUGGCAGCCUCAAAAGAAACACGUAAACAAAACUAUGUCGAGAUAUGAAUGCCGAAUUGGCUGUCGAGUAUCUAACGAGAGGAGCAUAAUACGGAUUUAGUGAAAGUAAAUAAAAUAACAGUAAAACAGUAUUGACCUGGUUUUCUACAAGUAGACAAUCUCCUCACAAGCCCGAGUAGUAAUUUUACAGGGGUUCUGAAAAAAAGUAGAAAACGCUGAGAACAAAACUGCGUAUUCUUCGAACUGAAGUGUCAGUCCACCUUCUCUUUUCUUUGAUGUACAUUGUGAAGAGCUAUGAUUUUUGCUGGUCUGUACCAUGAAACUUCUUCCCAGC